ACGGGCAGAGGCGACAACACAGCCGGGAGGAGACGGACUGGCGGAAGGACGGGGCUGCGCAUCUGAACAAGCAGAGGCAGUUCCCUGCGGAGGAGGUGAAACGGACCCCGUACUGACCCGGUUUCGGGUGACUUCUCCGGCGAAGCGGACUUGGGAGUCGCUUUUGUUCACGGACCCUGGGAACCUUGACGGUUUGCUUUUUUUUUUUUGUUUAGAGGUGCGGCGUAAGACAGAGGCAGGACAUGUUAGCUGUUUUGUUAGCCGGCAUGAGGUGUUAAACGUUCACAGUUUCUGCUUGCGGUCGUGAAUGACUCACAGCUCUAAAGCAGGUUUGAAUGUCAGGCAGCGGAGCGGAGAGCGGUGUGAUUUCCUCCGAGCCUUCUGGUUCAUUCUCUGUGUCUGGUCGCCUGCCGAGAACCAUGAGCCCCCCCGCACUGCGCCCCUUGCUGGGGCUGAUGACCUGCACUUUGCUCCUGAUGUCGCCGCCGUGCGCGUCCUGUCACCCGGCGCAGAACGCAGCCCAGGCCGGGAUCGAUUUAAAGAAGCAGCUCGACACGUUUGGCCUCGGCUUCAGCUGGAGGAACCUCACCUGUCCCGCCUGUAAAGCCAUCUUCACCGUCCUCGAUGUCGCUCUUCUGAGCAGUGUAAACAAAGAGCGGGUGGCGCAUGCGGUCAGCGAGGCGUGCAUCCGUCUGCAUCUGGCCGAUGAGCUGGUGUGUCGGAACAUAACCGAGCUCUUCAGGGACGACUUCAUCAGGGUCCUGCAGCAGUCCUUGCUGUGGCCCACCGAAGCAUGCGCCGUGUUGGUGGGCCCCUCUUGUGGCACGUUCGACAUUUACGCGCCCUGGAACGUCACGUUGCCGAAGGUUCCCAAGCCUCCUGUUACGCCGCCCUCGCCUCCCCGACCUGGCUCUCCACAGAGCAGGGUGCUGUUUCUCACAGACAUCCACUGGGACAAGGACUAUAAAACCGGCAGCGCCGCAGACUGCAAGGAGCCUCUUUGCUGCCGCGAAGACUCCGGCGUUCCCAAAUGGAAGCGGAGAGAGGCUGGUUACUGGGGAACCUACAGCAAGUGUGACCUGCCUCUACGCACUUUGGAGAACCUCCUCGAAAAUGCUGCCAAAGCCGGACCGUGGGACUGGGUCUACUGGACCGGAGACAUCCCGGCCCACAACGUCUGGUUUCAGACCAGAGACCAGCAGCUGACAGAGCUCAGCGUCAUCUCCAGGCUCAUCCACAAGUACCUGGGAGCCAACGUGAGCGUUUACCCGGCGGUAGGAAACCACGAGAGCACGCCAGUCAACAGCUUCCCGCCGCCUUUCGUUCACGGCAACAGAUCGUCCUCCUGGCUCUACGACAAAAUGGCCGAGGAGUGGGCGCUGUGGUUGCCGGAGCAGGCUUUAAAGACUUUAAGAUACGGAGGGUUCUACACGGUGGAGAUUCAGCCGGGCCUGAGGGUGGUCUCCCUCAACAUGAACUUCUGCGCACGAGAAAACUUCUGGCUGAUGGUGAACUCGACCGACCCGGCCAACCAGCUGCAGUGGUUGGUUCAUGUUCUGCAGGCCAGCGAGGACAGGGGCGAGAAGGUGCAUAUCAUUGGGCAUAUCCCACCUGGCCUGUGUCUUAGCAGCUGGAGCUGGAACUACUAUCACAUCGUCAACAGAUAUGAAAGUACAAUUACCGGCCAGUUUUUUGGGCAUACCCAUCUGGACGAGUUCCAAAUGUUUUAUGAUGAAGAAACCCUGAGCCGGCCAUUAGGAGUGGCUUUCAUCGCCCCCAGUGUCACCACUUACGUUAAUCUUAAUCCAGGUUACCGCGUCUACUAUGUCGAUGGGAAUUAUAAGAACAGCUCUCGGCUCGUCCUCGACCACGAAACCUACAUCCUCAACCUCACAGAGGCAAACCACAGUCCAAAGGCGCCAGGCAAUCCGGUGCAGGACCCCAAAUGGAGUCUCCUGUACCGGGCCACUGAAGCCUACGGUCUCUCCAGUCUGUUCCCGUCUGAUCACAACGCGCUGCUGCGAACCUUCAUCAACGACGACCGCUCCUUCCAGAAGUUCUGGUACCUCAGACAUAAAGGACACGUGUCCGAGUCCUGCAGAGAGGCAUGCAAGACCACGAUGCUCUGCUUUCUGCGAAGCGGACGCUCGGAUGAGCUGGACAACUGCGACCAGAUCAAUGGUUUUGCAGGGAACUUGGCUCGGGCUGCAAGGAAAACUCUUUGUUGACCCAAUUAAAGUUGGACUGAAAGACUAAAGUAAUGAAUAGCAAUAUGACCAAAUACUGUAUGAGCCAAAACAAAGUCUGUGUUGCAAGAUGAUCAAUAACAAUAGCACUCAUUUUAAAUGCUAAGCCAAGCUGUUAUCGUUUGAGAAAUCUUGUUGGAGUUCAGAGCUUUCAGUCCCCCCCCCACCCCACACACUUUUAGUUUGAAUUCAGUUUCCAACUUCGUGCUGGUCUGCAGGGUUUACUCAAGGUAAACACCGGUUAUGCAAAGUCUGCAUAAAAACGUCCUGAAACAUUGUCCGUUUACUUGAAAUGCAUAACGGUAGGCAUUACUGUACUGCGAUCAUAGUUUUAGCUGUUCUUCUUAGCCGAGUGCCUUUUUUUUCUGGGAAUGAGUAAACCCGUAAACUGCUUUAAUUCGCUUCAGAAUUUUACAUUUCUUAAAACUCUUCCUUUCACAUUGAGGCGCAGCGGCUGAAAGCCUGCAUACAAACUGAGGACGGGAUACUGUAGCAGUAUUAGCAUUUCAUAAGGUUAAAAGAUUGUGAAAAAAUAGGAUUUGACUCUGUCGCAGUCAAAUGCAGAAUAGACAUAUUGUCAUCUGUUUUAACAAAGCCAUUCAUAAUUAAGUUUCUUGAUUGAUGUUUUCUUUUGUUUGCACUUUAUUUGAAAAAAAAAAAAAAAUUAUAAACUGGUGAAUACUUCUCAAAACUGGCUCUGUGAGAAUAAUGAUGCAAGUUGUAAAACAUGCAAUAAAAGAACUUGAUUGUA